AAAUCAUUACCAAUCACAUAUUCUCGGUCCCAAGCUCUCAACUCAUCGCAAUUCACAUUACACGAAAGAAGAAAACAUCUUUCUCAACAUUCAUUCACCCUUGCAUAUCUCAAAACCGAUCAACAAUCAACAUGGCCACCCAAGUUUCCAAGGCAUCCACAUGCUGCGGCAAGAGUGACGUCUGCGUCUGUGCCAAGCAAGCAACCUGCAGCUGCGGCAAGCAGUCCGCCCUCCACUGCACCUGCGACAAGGCCGCCACCGAGAACACCGUCACCGGACCUCGCUGCUCGUGCCGUGCUCGCCCGGCCGGUGAGUGCAACUGCGACCGGGCCGCCGCCGAGAACGUCACGCCCAGCGGAAACUCCUGCGCAUGUGGCGUCAGACCUGCCGAUGCUUGCACUUGUGAGAAGGGAGGAGCCUCGGGCGUAUAUGACACUGCCAACGAGACCGACUUCACAACUAAGAAAUAAAUCAUGAUUCUUGGCAAGGGAUUUCAUUUCUGGCGUUAUUCUCGGGUUUUCUUCUCACUUUCUUUUUCGUGUACUCUAUGACUCUCAGUAUACCCCAUCGCAUGGAG